GAGGUGGUGACAGUCCCCGGGUGGGAGGGAUCCCUCUGGGAAGCUUCUGCGGGCUCGGCUACCGCUGCCGCACCCGCGGCCUAGGCGCUCCGCCGGGCCGUACCGCACCGCUACUGGGGCCUGCCGGGGGACCCGCGUUCCCUCAAGCCGAGGUGCUGUCUGCCCUAGAGCUUCUCCCGGGCUCGCCUCACCUCAGCGGGCCCCGCUUGGGGCCUCCCCGUCGGGUCUCUGUGCGGAGAUCGCGCCGUUCUCCCUGCGCUCUGCUUGUCCCCGCUGUGUUGCCUCAGCCCCCCGCGUCCGUGCGGUGCUCGGGGUGCGGGGGGCCCGCAGGGACCGGGCAGCCGCUGCUCCGGGGGCAGCUGCGAGUUUCCGACAGGACAGGCCGCUGUAGGAAUAGAUAAAAUCAAACAGCGCCUCUUUUAGCAUUAAAAAAAGCCAAAACCCAACCAGUUUGCAUACCCAGUGGGUUAUUCUCCUGUGGUUGUCCGUUCACCCAGUUGUUGACGAAUCGCUUUACUGUGUUGCUCUUCAAAGGCGUUUCCUCUAUGAGAUAAAGAAGCUUCUAUGAGCAGUAAGCAACCAUGUCAGAAGGGGACAGUGUUGGUGAGUCUGUGCAUGGAAAGCCUUCUGUGGUCUAUAGAUUUUUCUCAAGACUUGGACAGAUCUACCAAUCCUGGUUAGACAAAUCUACUCCAUAUACUGCAGUGCGAUGGAUUGUAACUUUGGGUCUGAGUUUUAUCUACAUGAUUAGAGUUUAUUUACUGCAGGGUUGGUACAUUGUGACAUAUGCCUUGGGAAUCUACCAUCUAAAUCUCUUCAUAGCUUUCUUGUCGCCAAAGGUAGACCCCUCUUUAAUGGAAGACUCAGAUGAUGGUCCUUCCUUACCUACAAGGCAAAAUGAAGAAUUUCGGCCUUUCAUUAGAAGGCUCCCAGAGUUCAAAUUCUGGUACUCUGCAACUAAAGGAAUCCUGGUUGCUAUGGCAUGUACAUUCUUCGAGGCUUUCAACGUUCCUGUGUUUUGGCCAAUCCUUGUGAUGUACUUCAUUAUGCUAUUUUGUAUCACUAUGAAGAGGCAAAUCAAGCACAUGAUAAAGUACAGAUAUAUCCCCUUCACACACGGCAAGAGGAAAUACAAAGGGAAAGAAGAUGUGGGGAAGACCUUUGCUAGCUAGAAGAUGCAAUCAAUCUGUUGACCAAUUCUACUUCUAACUAAAGGAACGAUUUUGAGCCAUUGUAACAAUGCCUUUUUUCUUCAUAAAAAAUGAUUGAGUGGUGACAAAGCAGUUGAAUUUUCAUUUUAAGAGGAUCUUGCUAUUUUUAUCUGAAAUAUCAGUUUCUUGAAGAAACUGGCAUUCUAACCAAAUUGCAUUGAGUUUAUUCUCUUUUGUAAGAAGUUGGAGAAACUUUGGAUAAUCCCAUGGAUUUGGGAUAAUGUUUUUCUUUCAUGAUCCAUUGCACUGGAGAGAUUAAUGGCUUAUAGUUGGUUAUUUUUACGUAGUUCUCCUGCUCAGUAUCACCCUGAAGUGCUGUGCACAUAUACGGAGGAAAAAUGUAAGAUGGCACACAUGAUGCUGUUUUCUGCUUCAUGGCUGUGUGCUGUUUCCAUAGAAAAAUUCAGUAGACCUAAAUAGAUGCAGAACUUAAGCCAAUUUCCUAAAUGCAUGGUAUUACUGAGUUAUAAGCAAACAAAUGUAGAUAGGAAUAAGAAAUCUACUAAAUCAUGGGUUUUGCAAUAGGGAAAAAACACUCAUCUAGCUUGUAAAGCAACUCAUUUGUGUUGGGUUUUAAUGCCAGUUUCACCAUUAUGUCUCACAGCAGAUGCUAAAAUUGGGCUCUUUCAUGACUUAAAACUUUGUUCAAACUCUAUCGCAAUUUCCUUUGAGGACCUGGAAUUAUAAAAAUAUAUAUUUUGAUUGUUAUUAGUUGGAGUUUCUUUCGUACUUAAGGGUUUCUUCAUUAAUUUAAGCUGACUUCAUGCAGCCCUUUCAAAAUAUACCCAAACUGGCCAUAGCAGACAAACUGUGUGGGUUUUAACACAGCUUUUCAUUUUCUAUGGGGAAAAAAAAAAUAAUCAGAGCUAAAUGACCUGCAUGUAAACUUUUUCAUGUGAUACAACUGCAGUUUUAUUAAGUGACUUUUUAAUUCCAAAAUUUAUUAAAAGACAGUGUCCCCCUUUACUUGUUCUCUAUCUUUAUAUACCUAUUGAUUUAACAGUAUUUAUGGCUCCUUUUCAAUAAUGGUUACCUUCAGUUUAUCUUCAUGCAAUGCCUUUUUCAACUCUUCAGGGAGCAAUCACUUGCAAAAAGUAGGAAAAGAUUAGCUCUUUGAAGAUUCUGAAUGGAGAAUAGUGGCAACUUCAACAGACACCUAAAUGGAAAAUGUAUUUAGGAACCCUUUCAUCUAGUUUUGUCAAAUGAAGUCAUUAUGGAGCUCUGGAAUUCAGCCUUCGGUAAUUUGGGAAAAUUACAGGUAGUUUUAAUUCACAUUGACCUGUUGUUUUAUGUUUGUGUGUGUUUGUUUUAUUAGAAGUGUGGAAACUAGUAAUGUCAAAAUUUAAAAUUCUGGAAACGAGUUUCCAGAAAGGGCCUUAUAAAAGUACCAGCCCCGGUCGCUCACUGUUUUUCCUGAAAAUAUGAAGUCCCUGAAUUGGAGAAGCUGUCUUCAGGUUUGCUGGAGUUUCUAACUAUGGGCAAAUCAGGGAUAAAAAUACAAUGUUUAUUAAAAUUAUCAACUGGGAUGACUCUUACUAAACAAGUGUUAAUGACAUCCUUUGCAAAUUAGACGUGUUUACCUCUACUUAAUUACAAACUUUAGUGGCAGUUGGAGAUUAAUGCCUUCUCACCCUUGGGUAGGCACAGAUGCUCUGCGUUCAGUGGGAUUAACAGUUUUCAAAUAUGGAUUGUAGAUAACAUCGGGACAAUGGUACAGUUCCCUGAACUAUAGUAUUAAAAAUAAAUUAACCUUACAGGGUGCUCGAAAAACUUGGCUUGACAACUUCCCAGAUACUUCCCUGUCGAUUGCUUCCUAUUUGUUUUUAUGUGCAACAAAAUGUUUUUCCUUACUGUUUUCUUAGUAAGGAGACCAGGCAGUGAUUUCCUUAAAUGGUCAUGUUUUCAUUUAUGAUAUGGACCAGUUUUCUUCCACUGUUGCCUUGUCACUUCUAAGUAGGUGAAGGAUGCCUGAAAGUUUCCUGGUGUAAGAAAGGGAUGGUAUUGCAGCUCUGAAAAUCACUUUUGUACAGUAAUGAUCAAGUGUUCAUGUAGUUACCAGCAACUAUUUUUUAUUCCAUUUGUAGAGAUGAUGAAAAGUUAAACUAAUUUUAUUGGGGGUUUUAUGACAAUACUUGGAGAUUUAAUUGUUGAUUAGCUAACCAGGAUCUCUGCAAUAGAAAUAACCAUCUUAAAAGAAGUGCUCUUACUGUAGCACACCUCCCCCUGCCGCCCCAAGUCCAUAUUCAGUGCCAUUUGUGAAAGAUUUAUUGAAACUGUAACUCAUGAUCCACAGAGUGGAUCAUCUGGCUUUUUCUCCCCAUCUGUAUUUAAAGAAUAUAAAUAAAUUCAUCUUGUACAUUUU